ACAUGUCGUUGCGCUAGACUGAGCCCGGAGUAAACUGAUUCGUUCAUGAUUUCCCAUUCAUAAUUUUCCUCAUCGCAAGCAAAUUGGGGAAGCUGAUUGAGGAUUUGAGAGCGUUUGAGGAGGAAGUUAGGGUUUUCUUUCUUUCUGUCAAUCCGAUCAGGUGUAAAUUGUAGUGUGAGUUGAAUAGGGGCAUGGAAUCGUCAGACGAUGAGGCAGAGGCGGUGCCACAAUCCGUUUCGAAUUACCAUUUUGUAGAUGACAAGGACGAACCCAUCUCAUUUCAUGUUUUGCCAAUUCAGUGGAGUGAGGGUGAGAGGCAAGAUGGGAGGAAACUGGACAUAUUUGUGCGUGGCACUGCCGAUAAUGGGCUUCAGAAACUGUAUAAGCAUGUUAUCGCAUGGCGGUUUGAUCUUUCCAAUGUCGAUCCUGAGAUAGCGGUGCUCUCUAAGGAAAAUAACUGGCUCAAGCUUCAGAAGCCGAGGAAGAGUUUCGAGGAAGUAAUAAGGUCAAUCUUGCUAACAGUGCAGUGCCUUCACUAUGUGAGGAGAAAUCCUGAGACAUCCGGCAAAUCUCUGUGGGAUCACUUAUCUAAAGUUUUCAGCUCGUAUGAGGUCAGGCCUUCUCAGAAUGACCUGGUGAAUUAUAUUCCCCUAAUUAGUGAAGCUGUUAAACGGGAUGAUGCAUUAGCAAGGUGCAAGUUUUUGGUCAACUUUCUUGAAGAGAAGCCCACCAAGAGGAAACUGCAUGAUGAGGACAUUCAAGCUACAACAAAACCUGGAUUUAUAGUUGAUGAUAUGGAAGAAGAUAUGAUUGAUGCUGAAGACGAGUCCAGUGACGAUGAUAACCUGUUUGAUUCUGUUUGUGCGUUUUGUGAUAAUGGUGGCGAUCUUUUGUGUUGUGAAGGGAGAUGCCUAAGGUCAUUUCACGCAACUGUAGAGGAUGGUGAGGAUUCUAUGUGUGAAACCCUUGGCUUUACCCAGGAUGAAGUAGACGCGAUUCAGAACUUCUUCUGCAAGAACUGUCAGUAUAAACAGCAUCAGUGCUAUGCUUGUGGGAAGCUAGGCUCCUCUGAUAAAUCUUCAGGUGCUGAGGUCUUCCCCUGUGUUUCUGCAACCUGUGGUCAAUUUUACCAUCCACGUUGCAUUGCAAAACUCAUUUAUAAAGACAAUGGAGUCACUGCUGAAGAACUGGAGAAAAAAAUUGCUAUGGGUGAAUCUUUUACAUGUCCGAUUCAUAAAUGCUGCAUUUGUAAACAAGGAGAGAACAAGAAGAAUCCUCAGUUGCGGUUUGCUGUGUGUCGGCGUUGUCCCAAAUCCUACCACAAGAAAUGCUUGCCGGAGGAUAUUGUAUUUGAGAAAACAGAGAAAACAGAGGAAGAUGAGGAGGAAGACGAAGAGGAUGAAGGUACAACACCAAGGGCUUGGGAAGGACUAUUACCAAACCGUGUACUAAUAUAUUGCACAAAACAUGAGAUAAUUAAAGACAUUGGAACGCCAAUAAGGGACCAUGUAACAUUCCCUGAUGUUGGAGAAAAGAGGACCAGUUUUGUUCGAAAGAAGACUGAUUUUGUAGGGAAAAAGAAAAAACGGACAUUAGAAUCCCUUCAAGAUAGAGAAAAAUCUGUGAAAAAUAAGAGAAGCCUUUCCGCUGAAGAAUUCUGUAGGGGCCAAACUGCUCCUACGAUAUCUAAAGAGAAGCUGAAGUCAUCUUCUGCUGCAAAAGUGGGUGGUAACAGAAUUAGUAAAAAACUACCUUCUGGGUUAGAUACAUCAAGAAAGGUGAAAGCGAAUAGUGCUUUGAAAAAGGAAACUAAGAUUUCUGUGGCUGAGGAACAAAAGACCUCAUUGGGUGAUCAGUUAUAUGCCUAUAUGAAUAGGUCUAAUCAAGUGAAGUCAGGUAAGCAGGGCAAACCUGAUGGGGAGUGUGGUUUGGCAAUAGGUAAUCCUGCCUCAAAAACGUUGAUCAGUGCACCACCAUCUUUAGAUGCAGCUACAGAGAGGAGAUUACUGGCUUUAAUGAAAGAUGCCGCAUCUUCAAUAACUCUGGAAGAUGUUAUAAGAAAGCGGCAGCGCACAGUUCCAUCAACUCAUCAAUCCUCGUCCAAAAAUGCUGUGGAUAGGAACAUUACACUGGGAAAGGUAGAAGGCUCAGUUGAGGCUGUUCGAACAGCGUUACGGAAACUAGAGGAAGGAUGCAGUACUGAAGAUUCUGAGGCUGUUUGCGCUCCUGAGGUGGUUCACCAGAUUUACAAGUGGAAGAACAAGCUGAGAGUAUAUCUUGCACCUUUUUUGCACGGAAUGCGCUACACGUCCUUUGGUCGUCAUUUUACAAAGGUGGACAAAUUAGAAGAGAUUGCUGAUAGGCUGCAUUGGUACGUAAAAGAUGGAGAUACGAUAGUGGACUUCUGUUGUGGUGCCAAUGAUUUCAGCAUCGUAAUGAAGAAAAAGCUUGAAGAGACGGGGAAGAACUGCUUUUAUAAAAACUAUGACUUAAUUCAACCGAAGAACGAUUUCUGUUUUGAGAAGAGAGAUUGGAUGAAAGUACAACCAAAGGAGUUACCAAAAGGGUCACAAUUGAUCAUGGGGUUGAACCCUCCUUUCGGAGUUAAAGCAGCUCUGGCAAACAAGUUUAUUGACAAGGCUCUUGAGUUCGAUCCAAAGCUCCUUAUUCUUAUUGUUCCACCAGAAACUCAAAGGUUAAAUGAAAAGAAAUCGCCAUAUGAUCUAAUUUGGGAGGAUAACCAGUUUCUGUCUGGAAAGUCUUUUUAUCUCCCGGGGUCUGUUGAUGUGAAUGACAAACAAAUGGAUCAAUGGAAUGUAACGCCGCCACCACUCUAUCUCUGGAGUCGUCCUGAUUGGUCUGCUGACAUCAAGGCUAUAGCUCAAAAGCAUGGUCACAUGUCUGCAUCACAAGGGUAUAUGAAAGAGCAUUCUGACUCUCUAAAUCACGGUCGGUCAAUAGGUAAUAAUGAUCAGUAUGGUGAAGCACCUAUGCUGAUUGAUGAUGAUGGCAUAAAAACCGAUAGUCCCAAAGAUGUUGAAGGUGGGGUUGUUGUGAAUGAGGAACACAGAGAAAGCUCCUGUGAGAACAGUGGUGACAUAGGUGGCAACGAGAGUCCUGGGGAUGGUAACAACAUUGAUGAGACAUGCAGGGAAAUUCUGCCACGCAUUGAGCCUGCUGAAAAAGGAGAUCAGCACUCUGAGCCUAGCAAUUCUGGUUCAAGCGUGAAGUACGGAACUACUUAUGGUGGGACAAAGGUUAACAUAGCUGAUGACAGAGGUAGAAGAAGCUUAUCCAGGAGCAGUGAUGAGCCUUACUUGAGUCUGACUCAUAGAUGGUCCGCUGGUCCCAGUUCUGGUUAUAGGGCUACAAACUUGGAGGAACCGUUUGUGGGCCACAUGAGAGACAGAUCGGAUACCCUUGGAUAUAGACCAUGCUUGAAUGAGGUAGAAGAUCCAUUUAGGAGGGAGUCUGACGUACGUUCUCAGAUUCGGCUUUAUGGUCAGCAAGAUUUUGGUCCUUUGAGAAGUAAUUAUCUAGUGGGUCAGGAUUCUGUAAGUGCACAGAUGGGAUCGUAUUCAUCUCCUUACAGCCAUAGUCAUCUUGGUCCGACAGCCGAGUCAUCUUACAGGAUGAACACGUCCGCCAUGCAGCGGUAUGCACCUCGGUUGGAUGAACUGAACCACACGAGGAUGGGUGGCUUAGGAUCUGAACCUGCUUUAGGAUACGAACCGCACAUGUUCAGCAGCAACGGCACUUUUGAUCCCAGGGCACCCCGCCCCGGUCAACAUGGUGGUUCCAUGGGUUUUGCUCCCGGUCCUCACCAAAGCUAUUCGAACCAAAAUUCAGCAGGUUGGUUGAAUGAGUAAAAGCAUGUACCAUUUGAUCAGUGUGUUUUCCCUUUUGUGCCUAAGAGUAAUAAAUGUUGGUGUAUAUUAUAUACUAGUGUUUUCGCAACUUUGUACUUCAUGCCACUUCAUUAGUUUUUUGUUCCUUGAACGGAAACGUAUGAUAUUUUACUAGUUUGUUGUUCCA